AUGAAGUUCACUAAUAGCCUCGUCUUCUCGGGGCUCCUCGCCUCUGCAUCGGCUGUGCCGAUUGCUACAGGGCCAUCUGGAAAGUGGUUUGACCGCUUCGUGGUUAUUGUUAUGGAGAACACCAACAAGGCCACUGCUCUUGCUGACCCUUACUAUCGCCAGCUGGCCGACUCUGGUGUUCUGUUGAACGGUUACCAGGGUACCACCCACCCUUCCCAGCCUAACUACAUUACUAUGAUCGCUAGUACCACUGCUGCUGGUGUCUUUGAUGACGGCGAUCACAACACCACCCAGAACAGCUUGGUCGACAUCUUCGAGCCUGCUGGUAUCUCGUGGAAGGCGUACCAGGAGGGUUACUACCCUCUGGAUGGUGGUGCUUGCAACCCUAUUCACCAGAACAAGACUUCUGGCUACGUCCGCAAGCACAACCCAUUCAUGUCCUUUGACAACAUUCGCGAGAACAUUUCUCGUUGCCAGAAUAUUGUUAACGCCCAGGAGCACUUCGCUGCUGACGUUGCCAAGGGCAAGUAUGCUCCCCAGUACAUGUUCUACACUCCCACUUUGGCCAACGAUGCCCACGACACCAACGUCACCUACACCGAGACCGACCUGAAGUACCUCAUCAACACUAUGAUGGGCAACGAGCAGUUUAUGAAGAACACUCUUAUCCUUGUUACCUUUGACGAGAACGAUGUCUACUCUCCCGACUCUUACGGUACCUCGAACGAUGUCUACUCCGUUCUCCUCGGCAAAGACGUCCUGAGCUGCACUGGCUGCAUUGAUCAGCAGUUCUACAACCACUUCACCCAGCUCACCACCCUCGAGCAAAACUGGAACCUGACUAACAUUCCCAACCCUGAUGGUGAUGGUGCCAUGUGGGACUCGUGGAUGCUUCCUUUCUCCAAGCUGAAGGCCAAGCACCACUAG